GAACUUCAGACAUUGCUAGGAGUAGAAGGAAGCUUUGGAAGGGUGGGAAGAAUGGCAAGAGGCGAAGAACAGUGAGCUGAAGACGAGCUUUGUGCGCUGUUUUUAUAUGGGAUGGGUUUCGAGAGUCUUGCAGUCAGCCGGUGUGCUGGCUCCCGCGGGGGAUUAAAUUUCAAUGCGCAUGCAGCGUGGCUGCAAGACUCUUCACACACAUACCGCAGCGCACGAGGCGAUUCGUCGUCCUGCGCUGAUACGGCGCGACUCGUUGGAUGUCGCUGAAUCCUCAAUAUUACAACGCCAAUUCAUGAGUGCCCCAGGUCGGAGCCUUGAAGCUUGAGGACUCAUCGCGCCAUUGUCUUCCUCAGCCCAACAACUGAAUGAGGCGCGUAUCACGUUCGUGAGCCUAAGCUGCAUUCACGCUGUUAAUGCCCGUCCCACAAAUGGUCAUCCGGUCGCAGUAACACCACGAGGUGAGCAUGUCCUAGGGCACGCGCGAGUAAGCUUGUGAAAUAGUGACGACUCUGAGCGAUGUGGAGAGUCACAGAGAGUUAUCUGGUGCGCAGAUGAAAUACUCACCGAAAAGACCCUCGAAAGGAUCCACUCUGUUGCCCACCAAACUGGAAACCGAGAAUUAGCGCUCCACCAGGAGACACUCCGCUCCGGACCUCGAGAUUCCCGUGUCAUCAGUGGGGAGAUUUGAUUUGUGCCGCCAGCGCAUGCCCUGAGUCAGACCGGUGGCUUUUGUUUCGUUUGAGCUUCAAUUCAUGUGAUGGACAGGCGAUCGCCCAGAGUAUUCCACAACGAGGAUGAUAUGGGAAGCGACCGAGAGCUGAAUGGUUUCUACACGAUAGGCGGACGGGUGUGGUGGAAGGGGAUGGUGAGCCUCUUAUGGAGACAGCCCAGUGACAAAGGCUCAAGCAACUGAUGGGCCGUGGCAAAAAUCUAUCACACUUCCAUUGCCCAUACUUCAGAUUUGGCCGCUCGAGUGAGUCCACAAAUGCACACUGGCAAUCGCUAGGUCAAUAAAAUCCAAAACCUGGUGAUGUGUGACAUCCAUGUCGAAGUCUGAAACAACGACCAAUGCAAAGAGCACCUCAAAGAAGCCAAUGAAAGCCAAGCCAGGUGCUACAAAGCUGAAUGCGACAUGGAGAUUUUCGAGGGAUUGAAGACAUGUGUUCGAGAUCCCCACCAUGCUAGCUCCAGGAUCCUCCAUCGCCGAUUUGCGAAGCAACAUGAUGGCUCGGAAUGAGCGUAGACACCCGUGCUAGUCGCGUACACGAGUCAGCACUGCCACAUACUCUUCCUUAGCACUAUCACUACAAUGGGAAAGCUGAAUAUCGCCCACCACAAAUCGUACCAUCCCUACCGACGAGACAACAUUGAGAAAGUGCGCAGAGAUGAAGAAGAGGCUCGGCAACAAGAAGCCAAGGAGGAGGGUCGAAUGCUGUUGGCCGACUCGGAAGCUCGGAUAGAGCUACUUAGGGAGCGCUCGGGUGGUAAGAAGAUGUCUAAGAGAAGGGAGGAAGAGAAGAUACUCGAGCAGGCGACCUCACACGGGUCAUUGAAGCCUGCUGUGUUACCGACGAGUGGUGGGCACAUCAACUUUUUUGAAGACCUCGAGCAUGCACGUCCAGCUCCUAAUGCGAUCGCUGCCUCUGUACGAACUGCGACGAAGAAGACAGAUCCAGUUGAAACCGAACGUGGUUUCCCGCUUGCCCCGUCUGCGAAAGAUCUGAAGCCCUGGUAUACGACGAAAGUCGUGGAGAGUAAUGACCAGGAGGAAGUUGUUGAUGAAAAACGCAAGCGCGACACGGCAAGGAAGUCGAUACACGACCCGCUCACAUCUAUCACACAUCAGCUUGCAUCGCGGCAUGGCAGCAACACCGCUUCUGUCUCAAGCUCCUACCGGACACGUCCUGUGGCUCGUGCUUCGUCAUCGUCGACUCCGCCUGAAGUGCAAGCGCGUUUGUCUCGAGAAUCCUCAGAGCGAGAGCGUGCACAGGCCCUUAUCCGCCGAAAGCAGCAAGAGAUGCGUGGAAGCCAGACCCCGAGCACUGUACAUGGCGGCUAUGAUGGAGGAUAUAGCGACGUUUUCAAUCGGCGAGAAGUGGACGAAGCUCACAGAAGACGGGAUACGGAUCAUCGCCGAACCUUAUGGUAAUCCAUAUUCAGUUCGCUCCGUGGAAUAACCGUGGCCCCGAUCAAAGUCUCCUGAAAAAACAUGCUCUCCCCUAUCUCCAAUGUCUCUUUGCUUCCCCCCUCUCCCAUACGACCUCCUACACCCAAUUGUCGAGCAAAUAUGGGACUCGAGGACCUUGUUGCAGUUGUGCCUCGUCUGUAAAGCAUUCCAUGCAGAAGUGCAGAAGGCUCUAUACCGCGAAGUGCACCUCAGCUCGAAAAGCAUUCGGAUGUUCCAUCGCACUAUCAUCCAUCUAGCACCCAAAGUACAGCCCUGUGUCCGGACACUGUCGGUCCAGCUGUCCAACUCCUUCACUGAAGUGCAUCUGCUGCGCUCAAUCCUGCACUCUUUGCCCCAGCUAUAUGCCCUCGAAAUCACCCCUCCGCAAGCGAAGCAUUGGGCCCACAUCCCCGUUUAUGACCGAUCGUCACGCAUGGUCCCAUGGGCGCAUCGCGGAGCUGCCCGAAUGCUGCACGACUGCCCGUUCCGGCUCAAGGUCUUCCGCAGCGCGUUCCGCAUGACCAAUCCCGAUUUCAUCACGUUCCUCGGACAGCAGAGCGAGAUCGAGGAGUUGUGGUCUUCUGACAUGGCGGGAUGUGUGGUCACGCUCCCUGCGACUUUCCUGCCGAUGCUCAGGUCCGUCAAGUGCGCCGUCGCAUGGAUCCAAUUUACAGCCGGCAAGGGCCUGGCAUCGUCGGGGGCGCUUUCGAUGAUAUCGGAUUCCUCGAAAGUGAGACGGGACUUCUCACAGGAGCGUAUAGACAUACAGACUCGCUUCGAUGUUUUGUUCUGAGAUAACUUUCUUAACUCUCUUGACUCUGCCUGUGCUCUAGCCUAUACUUAUGAGCUGACACUAUGCUUGCAUAAGCGAUCACGUGCGUCAAGACGCCAUCAGUCACGUCGGCGGCCCGGGUAGUCACAUUCACAACUCAUCUCCUCGCUCCUAUUUCUUAUGUGUGCGGUCUGCGGAGUGCUAUCCAAAGCCACUCAAUCUCCACUACUCUGGUACAGGCAUAGUCAUUAAGUGACUCAAACAACUUGUUGCCGAUCUCGAAGUUAAAUUUGAGUCUCACAAAGUGAGCAUAAUCCCUGCAGUAGUUCAUUCGAGAGGAAAUCCCGACGGGGGUAUCAUAUUCAACCAACAGCUCAUGGGAUUUGCUGCGGCACUGCUAGUGUUGUUGGCAGAUCAUAAUUGAUUUGCCGAUCAGUUCUGCCAGCCCGGCAAUGCCUGGAAUUGGCAGUGAAGGCCCGGCAGGGGGUGGCAGAAGUCGGCAGAACUUGUUCAGCCGAAUUUCAAUUGGGCAGGAUCAGACAGAUCAAUGUUAUCGAUUUGAGCAGAUUUUAAGCCAUCUUCCUUCUUCCACUUAUCUUCCGGCGGCAAAAUGGGCAAUGGUGGAAGCCCCGCUGAGAAACAGAAAUCCGGACGUCACUAUUUCACACGUGAUUACUGCAAUGUCAAGCAAUUGAAGGACAAGAUCA